GAUUAGCGAGGCAAAAGUUUCAUUUGACAGAAAGAUCUGGGCUUUCUAUUUUAAUUCGGUGAUAUGAAUUUUUAUGAUACGAGAGAUGGUUCUUGUGGGAGAUAUGAGCUGCCUGAUAAUAAAUGGUGGAAGACAGGAGUGUGUGUUAUAAACAACGUGCUCUACAUUAACUUCUCUGGAUUCGGGUUGAUGUGGAAUGACUCUGAACUGAUGCUAUGGAGAGUGGUUGUUACUGAUUUGGAUCUUGGCAAAUUUCAAUCCGUUGGAAUGGGGGAAUACUAUGGCAAGCUGGCGUUUUUAUGGAGAAGACAACUGGUCUAUCGUGGUGCUAUUAGUCAAGCCAUUUGGUGCAAAAUGGUUGUUUUGCAUAGGAGUGAAGAAGGGAUUCGUGGGACUGCAUAAUCGUCUAGACUUAUGGGGAACCAACAUUAUGAAUGGUGAUGUUUUCUUGACAAUGUUAUGAAUGUGUUGUUGCGUUUACUUCUUAAACUCUCAAUUUAGUCAUUAAUGUUGUAGUUUCAACAUCUUGCUCUGUUGCAUCUAAUCGAUUUUGCACUGUUCGCUUAGCAAGUUUGUGUGAUUGUAAUUCACUCAGUUACAUAGGAGUUGUUGUGUUUCUCUUGCCCCUGUCUACUAACGAUUCCAAUGAAAACCGAAACUAUGU